AUGGAGCUGAGACCUGAUGCCAGCCACAAGGAGAAUGUGCCCCCCAGGCCGGCAACCUCCCUGAGGCCAGAGCCACGGAGACUCCGGAAGAGCCUGCGUGUUGGCUUGGCCAGUAGACAUGGCCAGUGGGUGCCCGUGGGCCCGGCUGAGAGGGGAGGGCCUGCUGCCACGCCGUGCCUGGGGACAGUGCUGCACCAGGAGCCUUGCCGAGUCCAGAGCAACCUGGCCAGCCCCAGCCCCAGCCCCAGCCCCAGCCUGGGCCUCGUCCUGAGGGACACGACCAGCCGUCUGACCAACUCAAGCUUCCAGCAGCAGGUCAACCUGCAGCCCUUGGUUGGGAGACCCCAAGACUUUGCGAUCCAGCAAAGUAACUUGUGUGCCAGGGAGACCCACACAGCUGAGUGUGGACGUCUCACCAGCCCCCAGCUCUGGUCAGAGCCUCAGAAGAGAUUCUGGCCCCACCUGAUGCCCCAGGGAAGCCCCCUAUCCCGAGGGCCACUGGCUCACCCAUCCUCCAGUCUGAGGCGGUCCUGGCUGCUGGCCACAGAUACCUCUUGCCCAGACAUCAGGCUUACUACACGGCUGGCCCCACUCAAAGGGCCCGCAUGGUCAGACCCUAGAUCCCAGUGUGGCCUGGGGGGCUGGACCUCCAGGCUCGCGGGGGAACCCCUGACCCUGAAAGACCUGGCUGUCCCUGCCCAGAGCCCGCCUCAGGCCCCAUCCCAAGCUGCCAUUCACCAGCUGCUGGUCUGUGUGCAACGCCUGGAGUGUGAGGCAGUGCGGCUCAGGUGCCAGGCAUCCCGGGAACCCCCAGGCCCUGUGCUGCAGGAGCCCUGGACCAGAACUGGCCAGACACUCCCUGUCUGCUCCCAGCCCAGCCAGCCUGUUCUUGAUUCCUGGGAUGAGAGGAGGAGACACUCCCGAGGCCUCAGGGGAACUCCCGGUUUCCCAGCGACACAGGGGGCCCAGGAGGGUCUCUCAGACUCUCAGGCAAGCAGCAAGCGUGCAUCACUGAGGACCACUCUGCAGAUGCUGCCUGGGGAUGCCCUUGACCCUGAGCAGGUGGUCCUUUCUGCCUGCCCACUAAGGCAAGGAGAGCAGUGCUCGCCGGGGACUACACACGGCUGGGGGCAGAGGGGGAACCCCCUGCUCCCUCCAGAGGCGGACAGCAGGGAGGCCAGAUUCUGCUCUCCAACCUCAUCCAGUUCAGCCCGGGACAUCCUCCCUGGGCGGGAAGGAGGGAACAGGGCCCCAAGGGAGCAGAUCAGCAGGGAGAAAGAAAGGCCAGCUUCCGGGCUGCCAGACAGAGCCUCCUCAAGGAGUGCCCUGCAGAACAAAGCCAGAAACACUGUGAACCUGGAGCCUGAGUUCGGCCGCUGGCAGUGGCUGUCCAGAUGUUUCAGAGCAUGGUGGCGCUGGGCACAGCGGCGGCGGGCAGUGGCGGCAGCUGUGGCGCUGGGCCGGCGGCAGCUGUUACGCAGGGGUCUGCAGGCACUGCGGUGGGCACUGUGGCUCCGGGAGGCCCAGCUGGAGGUGGCAUGGGAGCGACACACUCAGACCCUGCUGGCCCGAACCUUCCAGAAGUGGAGACACUUGAUUCAGCAGCACAAACAAGGGCAGCCUCACGUCCAGGCUGGGCCAAGACCCCUGUCCUCCAGGGUAGACCAGGACCAAGGCCCCUCAGGAAGGAAGCCGGUGAUGGAUGGUGCCUGGAGAAGCAGGCCAGAUGGAGGAGACAGGGGAGUCCCGAUCCUGCAGGCUCUGCAGCAUCUGUCUGUCUUCCUCUUGUGGUGCCAUCAGAAGGAAUGGGGCAGGCAGGAGAAGGGGGUCCAGGGAGAGGCCUCCCAGGCUACGCUGAGGACUCAGAGGAUGGCGAGGCCCCCCCACGCCUGGCGCUCUCCUCCUGCAGGUGCAGCCUGGGUGGCCCUACUGGACCCUCAGCAUCGGAGAACCUGGCUCUGCAGGUGCUUUGGGGCCUGGCAGCGUUUUGUGCAAAGAGGGACCCGGUAUCGGGACCACGUGGCCAACCGCCAAGCAGGGACCCUGAGGACGUGCUUGCAGCAGUGGGUGAAGAUGAAGCAGCUCCGGGCCUCAGACGGGGCGAAGGUGGCCCAGCUGUCCUUUUGUUGGCAGAAGGCAGGGAACAUGGCUCUCUUCAGCUCAGUCCCUGGAGGGGCCACAGCCCAUGGGCUGAGGCUGAUGGCCGCGGCCCGGGUGCUGCCUCAGGAGCAAGGCCAGGGCUCCCUGCAAGAAGCCUGCCGGAAGCUGGCCCUCCAGCGGGUGCUGUUGCUCUGGAGGACGCGGCUGUCCCAGCGCCAGCAGGCGGACUCCUUCUUCGAGGGCGUGCAGUGGCGGGCACUGCGGCACAUCCUGAGGGGCUGGCGCCUGAGAGCACGGGAUCCAGGCAGCGCCAGGAUUGCCUCGGGCCCAGAUCUGCUGGGCGGCGCCCUGGGAGGGGAGGCCCCGCCAGGCUGCAGCACCCACCGGAGAAGCUCCCAGGACAAGGCUUCCAGGGCCCCUGCCCUCCUGGAGAUGCUCCGAUUGAGCUUUCUGUGGGCAGCGGGUCGGCGACAGCAGGGGCGAUGUCUUCUGCUCUGGCGGGCGCGGGCCCAGCAGUCCCGGGACGCAGCAAGGUGGCACCAGGGCACGCUUCAGAGGCGCACCCUCCUUGACUGGAGCCACUGGGCAACAGCCCAAGGGGCCCAGAGAAAGCUGGCUGCCCGCUGGGCCUGGGAUCAGAGGGGCAGGGCUGCCCUGGGCCUGUGGCGACAGCGACUGGUACAGCGGCAGGAGGUGGAGCGGCGGGCCCGGGAACGGGGCCAGAGACUGCAGCGACAUGCCCUGAGCCACUGGCACUGCUACUGGCAGAGACAGGCGUUCCUGCAGGAGAAAUGCCAGCGGUGGAUGCAGGCCCGCUUCCAGGGCCUGCAGAGGGCCAUGUUCUGGGGCUGGCAGCAGGCAGCAGCUCGCCGGAGACCCGUGGCGGCCAGUCCAGAGCAGCUGCUACUGCAGAGCCACUUCCAGGCCUGGUUUGGAGUCGUGAAAGCCUCCUGGGCCAAGCGUCCAGCCUUCCAAGAUGGUCUGAGGAGACGGAUACCCGGGGCCACAUUUGCCAGUGAGGCCCCAGCGAUCACAGCCCAGCCUCAGGAGCUGCAUGUGGCCCAGGCCUCCUGCUGGAAAAGCCGAGAGCAGGGGUGCCAGGCAGACAGGCAGCUGAGGAGGACCUGGGCCCAGCAGGCCUUUGUUGCAAGGCGAGUGGCCCCAGGCCAGUGUUGCAAGGCCCGUCGGCAGGCAGGAGAGCGCUCCAGGGCCCAGGCCCUUUGCUGGACGCUGUGGGCACGUGAGUCCUGCCAGCACCGGGUCAUUCGAGACCAUACUGUCCCGACUCUGAGCGCCAGGUGGGUGCCCUCAACGGUCCAAGAGACCUGGACCAAAUCAGCGACUCAGGGGCAUGUCCAGCGAAGUGCCGUCACUCACGUCCAGCAGGCUGAGCCCAGGUGCUUCCUGCGAACCCACUGGUCCCAGUGGCGGACAGCACUGUUCAGAGUGUGGCUAGAACCACAGGCAGAGGUCCAGGAGGCCAGCAGAGCCCACCCAGCCAGGCCCAGGGCCAGCCUCCGGCGCUGGCCUGGGCUGACCACCAGAGGGCGCCUCCUGGUGCUAAUGAACCCUCCAGCCCUGAAGAGGCAGGUGACAGCCAGCCUUCCCUCAGCCCCACCUCCCAGCUCCAGCUGCAGGGGCCCAGGUGCGCCUGCUGGGCCCGGGAACAGUGCCCUGCGGGGCCAGGAGGGGACUGCAGCUCUGAAACCAGAGACCUCGAGGGCAAGACAAGGCAUCUGGGGCCCGGCUGCACCGGCUGCAGAGCUCCCAGCAGGCCAGGCUCCGGGCAGCCAUGUGGCAGCGCUGGGUAGAUGCUCAGGGGGUGGAGAGGCUGGCACAGACACUGGUGAGUGGUGGGCCCCUUCCCAACCUCACGCUGAUUGCCCAUCCCGUCCCUUUCCUAGCCCUAAACCCUGGACACGCUCUCUCUCCAAGUUUGGUCACAUCUCAGAUGACAUCCCCUUGUCACACCCCACCCCCUUCCCCCCGAGCUGGGGCUUUUGGCCUGGAGUAGAGGGAAAGGCCCCUUCUACCCUCAGGGCUGCAGGUGGGGAGAGGCAGCAGAGAGGCUGGGGGCUGCCAGGGACAGCGGUGGGCCCAGCUCAGGGCCUCCUAGCAACUGUCCCCACAGCUCAGGCAGUGGCACCUGAGAUGGGCCUGGCGACUGUGGCGGCGGCGCAUCCUGCGGUUGCAGGUGGCUCAGCGGUUACAGAGUCAGGAAGACAGCUGGGUCCUUUCCCAGGUACCGGCGGGCGGCCCCAUCUCCAGCAGGCCCUUCCCAACAGGGCCACACCUGGGCAUUUCCAGGCCUUUAAGAAGUGGUACCAGGGUCUGGCAGCCAGGGGCCUGAGGGCCAGAGCCAGCAGCAGCGUGAGGCCCUGCAGCAAGGCAGGCCUCAGGAGGCCUGGAAGCAGGCCAGAAGCUGCCAGAGCCCCAGCACUGGGUGGACCUGGGGCGGAGAAGGGGGCCCAGCUGCAGCUGUGACUUGUUCUCAUGGAAAGGAAAACAGA